UAGCCUUGGAAGCAACCUCCCAAAUCAACGCCGGGACAGAAGAUCGGAUACAGACGGCCCCCACCACUUCCAUUUCCAUCACGCACGCACCCGAACUUCCCCUGCAAGCCAAGGAAGCGGUUGCUUCGGUUCUCGCUUUCCGACGUUGAAGCCCGCAAGCAAAAGCCUCGCGUCCUCCCGAGUAAAAGCAAAAGAGAGAAGGGAUAAAGAGAAAAGAGAGCCUGCGAAAAUAUCAUGCUCUUGCUUUGCUUCCGAUAGUACUCUUCUCUUCUCUGUUCUUUUCUAGAAUAUAAUAGAGUGUCCAGGUCUUUUUUCUUUUUUUUUUCCUUUUGGGGCUGAGGAGCGGUAGAGGGGUUGGAGGCUGAAGCACGUCUCUUUCCCCUUCCUUCGCACACGCAGGCAGAGAGAGAGAGAGAGAGAGAGAGAUGGGUUCUCUGACUGUUUCUCCUUUCGCCCCUUCGAAGUUGGAAUCUUCUCCUUUGUAUCAGAAACACAGGUCUCUGUUUCACUCCAGGAGAUCCACCAAGAAGAAGAAUCUCUCUAUCGUCCCCGUUGCGAGGUUAUUUGGGCCGUCCAUCUUCGAAGCGUCCAAGCUGAAGGUUCUCUUCCUGGGCGUGGAUGAUAAGAAGCAUCCGGGGAAGCUUCCGAGGACUUACACGCUCACUCACAGUGAUGUCACUUCGAAGAUCACUCUGGCUAUCUCUCAGACCAUAAACAACUCUCAGCUGCAAGGAUGGUAUAACAGAUUGCAGAGAGACGAAGUUGUGGCGGAGUGGAAGAAAGUGAAGGGGAAGAUGUCUCUGCAUGUCCACUGCCACAUCAGCGGAGGCCAUUUCCUCCUGGACCUGUGUGCCAAGCUUAGAUACUUCAUCUUCUGCAAAGAGCUCCCCGUGGUGUUGAGGGCGUUCGUGCAUGGGGAUGGGAAUCUGCUGAGCCAGCAUCCGGAGCUGCAGGAUGCUCUGGUCUGGGUGUAUUUCCACUCCAACCUUCGGGAGUUCAACAAGGUGGAGUGCUGGGGACCGCUCAAGGAUGCUGCCGCCCCUUCCUCGGCCGGGGCCCGGAAGGGGGAGGAGGAGGAGGAGGAGGAGGAGGUUGAGGCGGAGACGCCGCCGUUGUCCGAGCGGGAGCCGCCGGAGGCGUGCCGCAUCGAGUGCGAGUGUUGCUUCCCUCCGAUGAGCUCGAUCCAAUGGUCGGAGGAGCUUCCCCGGCUGAGCGGGGGUGGGUACGGGCCCCAAGAAAGCGUGGGCCAGCGAAGCUAGCCCAAAGGGACAACCUUGUAUACGCCUAUCGGUCAGCCAUAGUUUUUACUUCUUUGAUGGCGUGUUGUUGUAAAUGAAUGCAUGAAAAUUGUGUAUAUAAAAAGCCAAUUGUGAGAUUUUGCGGGGAUUGCACCGUCGCCUAGUAUUAAAGUAUAAAUAUAUUUAAUUGGGAAGGCAAAUGAGUUCUGGAAAUAUUUGAAUUUAUGAUUUUCUAUUCUUAUAUAAUGUAAGAUUUUAAUUA